AUGAAUUCAAAUGAAAAGUCAGAACGAGCGAAAAAGCGCUGGAGACUCCUGCGACGCGCUCUGACGAAGCAAACGGUGGAAAAGACUACCGGCUUCCCAGGCUACUGUUUGAUAUCAGGAACGAUAACGGCGUCGGACGAUGAUAGCUUGCUGGGUGCCUUGUCAUACAUCGACUAUACAACAAAUGUGGUGCAGCAGAUCGAGAGCUCGUUGCUGGCUAGCUUGGCCCUCAACACAUCGUUGCGGCAAAUUAUCUUCUCCUUUGACCACGAAUCGCUACCCCUGGGGCGUCCUCCUAAUCUCAUUGAACUUUCUCAGUCCCUUCUUUCGAGCUGUGAUCUCACGUCCUGCGAAGUCGAAUCAUUACCCAAAGAGGCCGAUCAUACAGAAUCGUCAGCGCUCCGUAUUUCCUUUGAGCCAUCCACCGCAUCCUUGUGCUUUGCAAUAAAAUCGUAUACCUCGCCGACUGUUGCUGGCGUGACCCUAGCACUUACCCGCGAACGGGUCCGCCUUCAGAUCAGCCUCGACGAACUAACGACGCAUCAUACGACAUCCAUUGACAAUACGGGAAAUAUAUGCGUAUGGGAUUGCGAAACUACGCUGGCGUGGGCCGUCCUUGAACAGCUCGAAAAUAUACUCGGGAAUCUUGGUCGUUCGGUGGUUGUUACGGAGCUGGGUUCUGGCAUGGCCGGUCUGGCCGCCUUGAGCUUGUGCCGCUCGCUUCCCCCAUGCUCCACCAUCUAUGUGACUGAUGGACAUAUAAAUAGUAUUCAGAACAACAUGGUGAAUCUGCGAUUGAUGACAGUGGCCGAACUUAGACCCAGUACUGUCGACGUGUUUUGCCAAAAGUUAAAAUGGUCCCUGGAGGAGGACCAAGACAAGCUAGAUCUUCCGGAAGAGGCGGAUCUGGUGUUGCUCUCUGAUUGCGCGCAUUUUGAACACUAUCAUGGGGAGCUUCUUUGGACGCUUAUACGUGCAACCAAAGUAGACGGUCAAGUAUGGAUGUGUCAUCCCGAGCGAGGCAAUUCACUUUGGAGGUUUCUCCAACUCAUUGACUCAGUUAACGACAGCGCUUCCUACGGACCCCUUUUGCGCAUAGUAUACUGGAAUCAUGAUCUUUUGGACGAAAGGCAUCAAACUUUUCUCGAACGUCACUUAGAUACGUACGAUCCCAACGUACAUCGUCCAAGGAUAUAUCGAUUGCAAAAGCUUCGUAAAAACACGGAGAUCGAUCGAGCAGCAAUUAAGCUACACAUUCAAAAGCGUGAUUGCAAUUAG